AGGCCUUCUCUUCUUCAAAAAAACGCACCCUAUUCUAUUUGCAUCGCAUUUGUUCUUGAAUCUCUUUGUAGAGAGAGUGAGAGAGAGAGAGAGAGAGAGAGAAUGUUCCAUUCAAAGAAGCCUGCGACUAUGAAUUCACAUGAUAGACCCAUGUGUGUUCAAGGAGACUCUGGUCUUGUCCUCACCACAGACCCUAAGCCCCGCCUCCGAUGGACCGUUGAGCUCCAUGAGCGCUUUGUCGACGCCGUAACUCAGCUUGGGGGACCAGACAAGGCCACACCAAAGACGAUCAUGAGAGUUAUGGGUGUGAAGGGUCUCACUCUUUACCAUCUCAAGAGCCAUCUUCAGAAAUUCAGGCUUGGAAAGCAACCUCACAAGGAAUUUAAUGAUCAUUCAAUCAAAGAUGCUGUUCAAUUGUCCGUGGUAGCUUCAGCUUUAGAUCUCCAAAGAAAUACAGCUUCUUCCUCUGGGAUUAUGGCACGUAGUAUGAAUGACAGUAAUUUUCACUUCACUGAUGCAAUUAGGAUGCAAAUGGAGGUGCAGAGAAGACUACAUGAACAAUUAGAGGUUCAGAGACACCUUCAAUUGAGGAUUGAAGCUCAAGGGAAGUACAUGCAGACUAUACUGGAGAAAGCCUGUCAAACACUCGCCGGUGAGAACAUGGCUGCUUCAGGAAGCUACAAGGGAGGAGGAAAUCAAGGAGUUUCGGACAAUAUCGGAGCCAUGAAGGACUUUGGUUCUCCACUACUCAAUUUUCCCUCUCUUCAAGACCUAAACAUAUAUGGAGGUGAUCAACUUGACCUUCAAGUUCAGCACAACAUGGACAGAUCAUCACCGGUACUUCAUGAUGGAUUCAUGCCAAGUAAUAAUGAUCAUAACAUGUGUGGUGGACUGGGGAAGAAGAGGCCAAUUAACCCAUAUGGCAGUGGCAAGAGCCCCUUAAUGUGGUCAGAUGAUCAUCUCCAUUUGCAAGAAUUGGGAACAACAACAACAACUACAACCUCAUCAUGUCUUGGCUCCCAGCAAGAUGAUCAGAUUCAUAUCGAUAGAGGCACUGAUAUGGAGUCGAUGUCAGAAAUGUAUGAAACAAAGCCAAUCCUCUCUGGAAAUGCAAUGGGAGAAAAGAAGUUCGAUGCAUCAGCAAAGCUUGAAAGGCCCUCUCCACGAAGAGCCCCAGUUUCUGCUGAUCAUAGGAUUAAUAACCCUGCAGCUGCCAAUACCAUGCCACAAGGAAGAAAUUCUCCCUUUGGUUGAAUCUAGGUCAUUGCUUAACUAGACACCAAGUGAUUCAGCUAUCUUCUAGAGUAGAGCUCGCUUAUAUGUUAUCAUCAGAUUUCUAGGGUUUUGAAGUUUUAUUUUUAUUUUUAAGUUAUAAAAAUUUAAGACGUUCACAUUUGAGUUAAUUUCCUCUUAACUAUGACACAUGCCAUUGCAUCUGCAUGGCAAAUAUUUUAAGUUUGACUGGAAUUUAAGUUUAACUGGUAUAUUUGUACUUUAACCUUUAAACUUAUGCUUUGUUUUUAUCGUCACCUGCUGAUGCUUCUUCU